AUGAGCAAUAUAAAUCCUCAAAGAAAAUCAAAUUUCAAUGUUGGAGAAGAUUAUGAAGUUAUAGAUGCUGUAGGAGAAGGAGCUUACGGGGUUGUUUGUUCGGCUCUACAUAAACCAACCGGUCAAAACGUUGCCAUCAAAAAAAUAACUCCUUUUGACCAUUCCAUGUUUUGUUUACGUACGCUUAGAGAAAUAAAACUUUUAAAAUAUUUUAAUCACGAAAAUCCAGAAAGUUUUGACAAAUUUACUGAAGUUUAUCUUAUCCAAGAACUCAUGGAAACUGAUAUGCAUAGAGUAAUUCGAACACAAAAUUUGAGUGAUGAUCAUUGUCAGUACUUUAUUUAUCAGGCAUUUCGUGGUUUGAAAGCAUUACAUUCUGCUAAUGUACUUCAUCGCGAUUUGAAGCCAAGUAAUCUUUUAUUGAAUGCUAAUUGUGAUUUAAAGAUAUGUGAUUUUGGACUUGCAAGAAGUGCAAAUUCUAGUGAUGAACAUAAUGGAUUUAUGACAGAAUAUGUUGCUACAAGAUGGUAUCGUGCGCCUGAAAUUAUGUUAACAUUUAAAGAAUACACCAAAGCAAUUGAUGUUUGGUCUGUUGGUUAUAAUCACCAGCUCGCUUUAAUUCUUAAUGUUCUUGGAACACCAACAAUGGAAGAUUUUUAUGGAAUUAAAAGUCGAAGGUAUCAUGAUAUUGAAGAUGAACCAAAUGCUGACCCAAUUCCCAAAUCUUUCUUUGAUUUUGAUAAACACAAGGAUCAAUUGACCAAAGAACAAUUAAAACAACUUAUUUAUAGUGAAAUCAUGAAACCAAUAUAA